AUGACGUCGCCAGCAAAAUUCAAAAAGGAUAAGGAGAUCAUAGCUGAAUAUGACACUCAAGUUAAAGAGAUCCGUGCCCAAUUGGUAGAGCAGCUGAAAUGCCUUGACCAGCAGUGUGAGCUUCGGGUCCAGUUACUGCAGGACUUGCAGGAUUUCUUCCGCAAGAAGGCAGAGAUUGAGAUGGAUUACUCGAGGAAUUUGGAGAAGUUGGCUGAGAGAUUCCUGGCUAAAACUAGGAGCACCAAAGACCAGCAAUUCAAGAAGGAUCAGAAUGUGCUAUCACCAGUCAAUUGCUGGAAUCUCCUGCUAAAUCAAGUGAAGCGGGAAAGCAGGGAUCACACCACCCUAAGUGACAUCUAUCUCAACAACAUCAUCCCGCGCUUUGUCCAGGUCAGCGAAGAUUCGGGGCGCCUGUUCAAGAAGAGCAAGGAAGUGGGAUUGCAGCUCCAGGAAGACUUGAUGAAGGUCUUGAAUGAACUCUACACGGUUAUGAAAACCUACCAUAUGUACAACGCUGACAGCAUCAGUGCUCAGAGCAAACUGAAAGAGGCAGAGAAGCAGGAAGAAAAGCAGAUUGGGAAGUCGGUGAAACAAGAGGACAAGCAGACGCCACGUUCCCCGGACUCAACUUCCAAUGUCAAAUUUGAAGAAAAACAUGUUCGACGAAGCUCUGUCAAAAAAAUAGAGAAAAUGAAGGAGAAGCGCCAAGCGAAGUACACAGAAAAUAGACUGAAGGCUAUUAAGGCAAGAAACGAGUAUCUGCUAGCUCUGGAAGCCACCAACGCCUCUGUAUUCAAGUAUUACAUCCAUGACCUGUCUGAUCUCAUUGAUCAGUGUUGUGACCUGGGAUACCAUGCUAGCCUCAACAGAGCUCUGAGGACAUUCUUGUCUGCUGAGCUAAACCUGGAGCAGUCGAAGCACGAGGGUCUGGAUGCCAUUGAAAACGCCGUUGAGAACCUGGAUGCCAACAGUGAUAAGCAGCGCCUGAUGGAGAUGUACAACAAUGUCUUCUGUCCCCCCAUGAAGUUCGAGUUUCAGCCGCAUAUGGGUGAUAUGGAGUCGCAGCUAUGCGCCCAGCAGCCGGUCCAGAGUGAGUUAGUGCAGAGGUGCCAGCAACUGCAGUCUCGGUUAUCCACGCUUAAGAUUGAAAAUGAAGAGGUUAAGAAGACUAUGGAAGCUACACUCCAGACAAUCCAGGAUAUAGUCACGAUAGAGGACUUUGAUGUCUCUGACUGCUUUCAAUACAGCAAUUCUAUGGAGUCUGUAAAAUCCACUGUCUCGGAAACGUUCAUGAGCAAACCGAGCAUUGCCAAGAGACGGGCCAACCAGCAGGAGACAGAGCAGUUCUAUUUCACAAAAAUGAAGGAGUAUCUGGAAGGCAGGAACCUGAUAACAAAGCUCCAAGCCAAACACGACCUUCUGCAGAAGACCCUGGGAGAAAGUCAGCGGACUGACUGCUCCCUUGCCAGCGGCCGGCGCAGCUCCACCAUAAGGAAGCAGGAUUCCUCACAAGCCAUUCCCCUGGUGGUGGAGAGCUGCAUACGAUUCAUUAGCAGACAUGGUUUGCAGCACGAAGGGAUAUUCAGAGUGUCUGGGUCACAAGUUGAAGUAAAUGACAUAAAAAAUGCAUUUGAGAGAGGGGAAGACCCACUGGCUGGGGACCAGAAUGACCAUGACAUGGAUUCGAUAGCAGGAGUUCUGAAGCUCUAUUUUCGAGGGCUGGAGCACCCUCUCUUCCCCAAGGAUAUCUUUCAUGAUCUGAUUGCCUGUGUCACAAUGGAUAAUCUACAAGAGAGAGCGCUCCACAUCCGCAAAGUGCUUCUGAACCUGCCGAAGACCACUCUGAUUGUAAUGAGAUACCUCUUUGCAUUCCUCAGUCAUUUAUCUCAGUUCAGUGAAGAGAACAUGAUGGAUCCCUACAAUUUAGCCAUCUGCUUUGGGCCAACACUGAUGUCUGUGCCUGAAGGUCAUGAUCAAGUCUCUUGCCAAGCUCAUGUCAAUGAAUUGAUCAAAACCAUCAUCAUCCAACAUGAGAACAUCUUCCCAGGACCAAGGGAGCUGGAGGGUCCAGUCUAUAGCAGAGGUGGAAACACUGAGGAUUACUGUGAAAGUCCUCACGGAGAGAGAGCCUCAACAGAAGACUCGGUUCAGGACGUUACGGCUGAACACCACACCAGUGAUGAUGAAUGUGAGCCCAUAGAAGCAAUAGCGAAGUUCGACUACAUUGGCAGGACUGCACGAGAGCUGUCCUUUAAAAAAGGAGCUUCUCUCUUACUCUAUCAGCGGGCCUCAGAUGACUGGUGGGAGGGACGCCACAAUGGAAUUGACGGCCUUAUUCCUCAUCAGUAUAUCGUCGUUCAAGACACUGAGGAUGGUGUCUCUGAAAGAUCCAGUCCGAAGUCUGAAAUAGAAAUAAAUUCUGAGCCACCGGAAGAAAAAGUGACUGCUAGAGCUGGUGCCAGUUGCCCAAGUGGGGGUCACGUCGCAGAUAUUUACCUUGCAAACAUCAACAAGCAAAGAAAGAAACCAGAGUCAGGCAGCAUCAGAAGAGCCUUCCGUCAAAGUGACAGCCAUGGACUAGGUAGCUCAAUGGCAGAACCAGCCUCCCCAGGAGCCAUAGCCGGUUCCAGACCCUCAUCUCAGCCCAUUAUGAGCCAAAGUCUUCCUAAGGACGUUCCAGAUAAAUGCUCCAUCAGUGGCCACGGCAGCCUCAAUUCUAUCAGCCGACACUCGUCUCUGAAGAACAGGAUAGACAGCCCUCAGAUCCGGAAAACUGUGACAGCCGGGAGGUCCAAGAGCUUCAACAACCACCGGCCCAUGGACCCUGAAGUUAUUGCACAGGAUAUUGAAGCUACUAUGAACUCUGCUCUGAACGAGCUGCGGGAGCUGGAAAGGCAAAGCAGCGUAAAGCACACGCCAGAUGUUGUCCUCGACACCCUGGAGCCUUUGAAAACGUCUCCAGUGGUGGCCCCCACCUCUGAACCUUCCAGCCCUCUGCACACUCAGAUCCUCAAGGACACUGAACCGGCUUUCCAGCGCAGCGCCAGCACAGCCGGCGACAUACCCUGCACCUUCAGGCCAGUGAAGUCGGUCAAAAUGGCCACCCAGGUGAAACCUCCGGCAACUCGGCCGAAGCCUACAGUUUUCCCCAAAACAAACGCCACGAGCCCCGGCGUCGCCUCCUCUGCAUCUCAGCAGCCUACUGACAAGUCCUGUACUGUCUGA